CUUUUUCCUGAGAAUUUUGCCUCCAACGCUUUCCAGAACAGUUCACUUUGGUUGGGGCUUAAGCUGAAUUCAUCAAAGAAUCUGAUUCUGUUCCUUUCUUCAAUUCUCUCUCUCCCCCUUGAUAUUUUGUUCUUCAACCGAAGAAAAACAAAACAUCAUGUUUUGUUUCAUCUCCCCGUUUUUUUUUGUUCUUUUCAUUUCACUUGCAAUCACCAAAAUGAAGAUGAGGAGUUAUGGUUUCAGACAUGCUCAACCUAGUACUCUGUGUAUUUCUUCUCAUCAGUUUUCCCGUUGUUGAAUUGCCCUCAGUGUUCAGAUGGCGUAGGUGAAGAAUCGGAGUUUCGAAUCCAGAGAUGAAGCAGCAACUAGGGUUAUUGUUCUUGUCUUGGCUUUGUUUUGCGGUCUUAGGAAAAGGGUAUUCUCGGAACGUGUCCGUUAGACCCGCCGCUGUGAAAAUUGGGUCCAUAUUCAGUUUCGAUUCAGUCAUUGGAAAAGUUGCUAAGAUCGCCAUUGAUGAGGCUGUGAAGGACGUGAACUCAAAUCCCGACAUUCUUGACGGAACACAGUUUGAUGUCUCAAUGCAUAAUUCCAACUGCAGCGGCUUCUUGGGCAUGGUUGAAGCGUUGCGGUUAAUGGAGAAGGACAUUGUCGCCAUUGUCGGGCCUCAAUGCUCUGUAGUUGCCCACAUGAUAGGCUAUGUGGCUAACGAACUCCACGUUCCUCUUCUCUCGUUUGGGGUCACAGACCCGGUAAUGUCCCCUCUCCAGUUUCCGUAUUUUGUCAGAACGGCUCAGAGCGAUUCAUACCAGAUGGAGGCUGUUGCAUCAGUGGUGGAUUACUACGGUUGGAAAGAAGUGAUUGCUGUUUUUGUGGAUGAUGAUUAUGGAAGGAAUGGUGUGGCUGCACUUAAUGACAGACUUGCAGCCAGGAGAUGCAGAAUCACUCACAAGGCUGGUAUUCAUCCGGACUCCGUCGUGAACAACACCGAGGUCAUGAACGUUCUCAUCGGCGUUAUGUCGGUCCAGUCGAGAAUCGUUGUCAUCCAUGUGUAUACGGAGUUAGGGUUUUCGAUCUUCAAGAACGCGAAAUAUCUCGGGAUGAUGGGAAACGGGUAUGUGUGGAUUGCCACGGACUGGCUCUCUAAUGUUCUGGACACUUUCUCUCCGCUCCCUCCGGACAGAAUGGAUGCGAUACAAGGAGUUCUUGUUCUGCGUCAGCACACGCCCGAUUCGGAUGCGAAACGGGCCUUCUACUCGAGGUGGGGAAAGAUUUCUGGCGGCUCGGUGGCUCUAAACGUGUAUGGGCUCUAUGCGUAUGAUUCGGUUAUGAUUCUUGCUCGGGCUCUGGAUACUUUCUUCAAAUGCGGCGGGAAAAUAUCGUUUUCUAUUGAUUCCACGCUGAAUGCUCUUGGAAAGAAUGGUGAGCUCAAUCUAGAAGCUAUGACCAUCUUCAACGGGGGAGAAGCUCUGUUAAACAACAUUCUAGCAACCCGUAUGGUCGGUUUAACGGGCCAGCUCGAGUUCACUCCCGAUAGAUCUCGAAUCCAUCCAGCUUACGAUAUCAUCAACGUGGCCGGGAGUGGGGUUCGUCUAGUAGGAUAUUGGUCAAAUCAUUCAGGUUUAUCGGUCCAACCACCCGAUUCACCACUCCACACGAAGCUGCAAAACACUUCUAGCUCUGGCCAGAAGCUAAGGGAUGUGAUUUGGCCGGGAGAAACGUUUUCGAAGCCUCGUGGUUGGGUGUUUCCUAACAACGGGAUAGAACUAAAGAUCGGUGUGCCUAUUCGAGCGAGCUACAAGGAAUAUGUGUCAAAGAUACGAGGAACUGACAAUUUGUUCAAAGGGUUCUGCAUUGACGUUUUCACGGCAGCGGUGAACCUCUUACCUUAUGCAGUCCCGUACAAGUUUGUUCCUUUCGGAAACGGGAAGGAGAACCCGAGCUACACGGAAAUGGUGGAAAUGAUCACAACUGGUGUAUUUGAUGGGGUUGUGGGCGAUGUGGCGAUUGUGACAAACAGGACGAAGAUUGUGGAUUUUACUCAGCCUUAUGCGGCAUCUGGACUGGUUGUGGUGGCUCCCUUUAAGAAACUGAAUUCAGGGGCAUGGGCUUUUCUCCGACCGUUCAAUCCGCUCAUGUGGGCAGUCACUUCCUGCUGCUUUCUCUUCGUCGGGUUCGUCGUUUGGAUCUUGGAGCAUAGGUUCAACGACGAAUUCCGAGGCCCUCCGAAGAGGCAAUGCGUCACUAUUCUCUGGUUUAGCUUCUCAACCAUGUUUUUCGCUCAUAGAGAGAACACAGUCAGUACACUUGGCCGUAUGGUUCUAAUCAUAUGGCUAUUCGUAGUGCUCAUAAUCAACUCCAGCUACACUGCGAGUCUAACAUCGAUCCUCACCGUUCAGCAACUUUCUUCGCGGAUCAAAGGGAUCGAAACCCUAGUAAGAAGCAACGAUCGGAUCGGGUACCAGGUUGGAUCGUUUGCCGAGCAUUAUCUGAGGGCUGAACUGAACAUAUCGGAGUCGAGGCUCGUCCCUCUUGGAUCACCUGAGGCUUACGCUAAGGCAUUAAAAGACGGGCCUCGUAAAGGAGGUGUCGCUGCUAUUGUGGACGAACGUCCCUACGUCGAACUCUUCCUCUCUAGCAACUGUGCUUAUAGAAUCGUCGGUCAAGAGUUCACCAAGAGUGGAUGGGGAUUCGCAUUUCCUAGAGACUCUCCACUUGCAGUGGAUCUAUCAACAGCGAUCUUGGAGCUGGCAGAGAAUGGCGAUCUCCAGAGAAUCCACGACAAGUGGCUGAUGAAAAACGCAUGCACUCUGGACAAUGCAGAGCUCGAAUCCGACAGGCUUCAUCUCAAGAGCUUCUGGGGUUUGUUCCUCAUCUGUGGCAUCGCCUGUCUUCUUGCCCUCCUCAUCUACUUCGCCUCCAUUCUCAGACAGCUCUACAGAGCAAACCCUAGCGGCGACGCCAUCUCCAAAGAUGGGAGCAGUAACGGCUCGUUGUCUCGAUCUAACCACCUGCAGAGAUUCUGGUCUCUCAUGGACGAGAAGGAGGACUUGUCCAAGCGUGGAAACAAGAAGAGAAAGAUUGAUGGACCCGAAAAUGGCGCCGUCGGAUCGAAACGGAUGGAUUUCACCGGAGGAAGAAGCUUCGACUCGAAGAUUGAAGAAUGUGAAGAGGAAGUUGGAUCUAGACGGAUGGAUUUCAUAAGCAGAGAAAGAAGUUUCAAUUCCAUCAGCCCUUUGGAUUGAACGUGUAUCUACGCGUAUUAGCGUAUUAUACAUUGAAUACGAUAUGCCAAAUUUAGACAGGAAACAAGUCUCUUGUACGUUCAUCGAA